GUUGACCAAGUAUGCCUUGCAAUUUAUUACGUGUGACGAUAGAAGCAGCAAAAUGCAUGCGUCCGGCCGGCACGCAGAUAGCAUGGUGUAAAGGCGGGCGCGAUGACAUGUCGUAGAGGAUGUUAAAAGUAAAGCCAUCACAGCACGCCCUCAAUAUUGUAGUCUGAGUGAAAAUCGGAGAACGUUAACCCCGGGUGAUGUCCGGGAGAGGCACCAAAAUUCGGAAACCCCCCGAUUGUUUCGGGGGGGUUGGCGAUUAUGCGGCUGAGCCACAUCAGAGUGGCGAAAGAGCCACGUGCGGCUCCGGAGCCGCGGGUUGCCGACCCCUGGUCUAGUGGGACAGGCGAAAGAUAAGUCAGAAAAAAUGCAGUCGUUUAUAAAUGAUUUAAAGUACCAACGAUUGUCACACACACUCUUGGUGUGGCGAAAUUAUUCUCUGCACGCUUGAUCACCCCCUGGGAGGUGAGGGGAGCAGUGGGCAGCAGCGGUGCCUCGCCCGGGAAUCAUUUUGUUGGUGAUUCAAUCCCCAAUUCCAACCUUUGAUGCUGAUUGCCAAGCAAAUGUUUCUCUGCGGCAAAUGCGUUACGGACCGGUGGUUGGGGACCACUGGUAUAGUUGACAUUGUUUCUAUGGAACCCAGUACAGUGGAAUAUUUUAGCUUUGUGCUUUUUCCACACUGACACAGCGAGAAGACACAAUAGUCUGUGUCUGACAUUUCUAAAGAACAGAAACAUGGAAAAAUGACAGCUUUUAAGCAUCAGUGUAAAAAUGGCUCAAGAGAGCUGUUUCUAAUAGUUUGGCGAUAAAUGAUAAACAACUCGCUUAUUGUGCGGCCAUUGAAGACAAACUAUUAGAAUAUAUUUAAACACAUAUUUUUAUCAGAAAAUACAGCUUAGAGAUACUCAUUAAAAUGUCACUUGAUUACAAUUUUAGGUGCGUUGGUCACCUUCCUAAUUUAGUUCUAUGAGGUCAGAUGUUGACGUACAUGACUUUUCUCUUUGGUUGUUAAGUUAGUCUGUUAAAUAAAAGGCGAUUCUGACUGAAUAUGUUUAGAUAUUUUAGGGAUGUCCACGCUAUUGAGGGUAUUGACAGCUCAUGAAUAAAACAUUUUUGUCUGUUGGGACCGACGUUGACUUUCAUCAAACUUCCCUGCUUUGACUUUGACUCUAAAACACACUUCUCAUCCCCAGUUCUGCUCUUGAGAAUGAAGUUGGUCCACAGAGGGUCCUCUCGGUUCAAACAGCAUCAUUUAUUAUGUAAGCACUCCCUCUGUCGGCCAACUGUGGCGUGACAGGUGGAGAAGAUAGUCUUUGAGUUCUAUGGGGAGGUGAAGGUCAUAAAUCCUAACCAGCCUCUGCUUGCCUAAAGUCCUCCUGAUGUGCAGGCGGCACAGCUGCAUCAGCGGGGGAACCCCUAAGGGUGGGCGGAUCCAUGACAAAGAUAAGGUUACGAGCCAACAUGAGACUUCAUGAGGUGACUGUAUCAGGAGUACCUCCACUUUGUCUGAGCAGCCUCUCUACCACACUGUUUGGGGGCGCCAGGUCCAGAGGCUGUUUGCCCUCCAGGUUCCGUUGGGAGGCGUCUGCCCCGUGGUUGAGCAGGACCGACACCAUCUCUGGACUGGACAGACGAGCCGCGAUAUGUAGGGCUCGCUCAGCGCUGUGAUGUGAUGUCAUAUCCUCCUCAGAGCAGCUAUUUGCCCUCCAGGAAACAGGCGGCCUCAAAAGCUGUGGGUGUGUCUCAGCCAAUGGAGGUGCCACAAACAACGGAGGCCUGCUGACCAGCUAACUUAGGAGGGGGCGUGGCCUGCGGGUCUGCAGCGAAGCGUGGUGUUGCCAGGACCGGCCUCGAAAUCAGCGACAGAGCGAGCGGCCUGUGCUGCGUGUGUGGCGUGUACAGACCGUCAUGGCGUCCCCUCGGCUGGAGACGUUCUGCUGCUCGAACCGGGAUCCGGCGACCGAGCUGGUGGUGACUUUCCAGCCGCUUCUGUUCGGAGCUCUGACGGUGGGCAGCGCGGUCCUGAGCCUGGUCUUCACCGUCCUCCAGAUCCUGCCCAAGAAAAAAGGCUACAGGAGACUGGGACAGUACCCUCUGCCCAGACCUGCAUCCUCGUCCCGGAUACUCUUCAUCAUCAGCCUGUGUGAUAUUAUGGGAUGUACAGGCAUCAUUCUCAGGUCGUCUCUGUGGAUCGGUCUGCCCGGCACCGUGGAGCAGAUCUCCGAGGCCAACAGCACCGACGUUUGGCCGGACGUCUUCUGCCUGGGCAGCGCGAUGUGGAUCCAGUUGUUCUACAGCGCUUCUUUCUGGUGGACCUUCUGCUACGCCGUAGACGUCUUCCUGGUGGUGAAGACGUCCGCAGGAAUCAGCACCAUUAUCCUCUACCACAUGAUCACAUGGGGUCUGGCCUUGCUGCUGUGUGUGGAGGGCCUGGCCAUGCUCUACUACCCCUCCAUCUCCAACUGCGAACAAGGCCUGCAGCACGCCGUCCCUCACUACGUCACCACGUACGCGCCCAUGCUGCUGGUCCUGGUGGCCAACCCCAUCUUCUUCAACAGGACCACGUCAGCAGUGACAUCGCUGCUGAAAGGACGCCAAGGGAUCUACACGGAAAACGAGAGGCGGCUGGCCAGCACCAUAAAGAUCCGCUUCUUUAAAAUAAUGCUGGUCUUUGGCAUCUGCUGGCUUCCCAACAUCAUCAACGAGGGCCUCCUCUUCUACCUGGAGACGCAGGCCGACGUCGGGGACAGCACUCUCAGGAAUAUCCGCAACGCUGCGCUCAUCACCUGGUUCAUCAUGGGGAUCCUGAACCCCAUGCAGGCCUUCCUCAACACGCUGGCCUUCCACGGCUGGACCGGUCUGGACGUGGACCUGAGCCGCAGGAGGGAGCUGGCCUGGGAGUCGCCCUCCACCUCGGUGGCCAACGGCGGCGGCCACAACGCCAUGGUGGGCACGGCGCUGCUCUACCAGAGUCACGUCCAGGAGGCCAAGAAAAGCAUGAACGGCAACGGGCAGCCGCAGUCGGACGCCAUCAGCGUGCUCUCAGAAGGUUCAGAAUCUAGCACAGUUGAAAUCCACAUUUCCAGCGAGCUCCCAGACUAUGGCGAUAUAGACGCUGAUGAAGAAUCCUCGGGGACGUCAGGGAGACAUUAGCCAACAUGCCAGCGUCAUCAAACACUACUUGGGCUGGUAACUUUUAGAUGCUGUAAUACUUUUAUUAUCUUGUGUAAUAUUAGGCUCUUUUUUUAGUUAGUUUUUAAGCUCAUGUCUGUAUUUUAUUUUGUCUUUUUUGCACACAUUUUACACAUUAAAUAGCAGACCUGUUUCUUA